AAUGUUCAAUGUUGCGUUUCAAUACUACUUGAUUAUAUGUUCAAUGCUGUCUGAUAAUGUUCGUAAAGAUAUUACUACGGCUAAGGUUUUUGUUUGGCAUUAAUGACCAUGGGUAGUUUAAAAAUAGGCUGCGUUAAUUGCCGUGGACUGGCAUCAAAUACUAUAAAAAUAUGCAACAUUUUUGACAAGUGUAGAAUCAACUACGAUAUCUCUGUCCUUAUUGACAUGCAUUCCACAGAUAAAGUUGAACAAAAGUGGUUAAAAGAAUGGGGAUAUACUGCAAAAUUCUGUUCCUUUUCUAGUGGUAGUAGAGGAAUAGCUAUCCUCUUCAAAAACACAUUUCAAUUUGACAUAGUGAAAGAAAUUAAAGACACUAGUGGUAAUUUUCUAAUACUUGAGAACGCAAGCAGUUAUUGUACAGGAAAAAGAAACAAAAUGAAAAAGAAGAUAGAAUUCAUUAGUAUGCGAGACAAUAUGAAAUAAAAUGUAAUAAUUGUCAUGUACUCCACUGUAUACUAACAUGUGAACAAUCAAAAAUAAAAUAUGAUAAAAAAUAAAAAUAAAAUAAACUUUUUCGAAAUUUCCAUGAUGGCGAUUAUGCAUUCUCAAAAUAAAUUCUUUAUGUUACAAGGGCUCCGUCAAUUCUGACUUUUAUACCCUCAGGGGUCCUAUUGCAGAGGCGUGAAAAAAAGGUGUUAUUUACAGUGAUUAGUUGUUUUUUUUGUGAUUUUUUUGUGCAAGGUAUAGAUAAAAGAUAAAAGCUGGGGUAUGGUUUUGAGUGUGAUGAGGGCUUCAAGGGCUGCAUAGGUUAAGUGUGCCUUGAAGACCUCUAGUGUUGUGCAUUGUACUGCUGCUAUAUAUGGGUAGAAGAUUCCAUUGUGUAAUUGCGUGUGGAAAGAAUGAAUAUUUGUAGGUGUCCUUUGUAGCAGAUAUGCGUUAGGGUGUGUAUACAUGUAUGGUUCAGGGGUCUACCGGUAAGAUGAAAGGAAAAUGGUGGAUGAUAAAGAAGAUAAAGUUAUUCAAAAAUUAUCUACAAGCUAAAAGUUCGGCUGACAUUGUUCAGCUGUACCCUGCUCUGGGGUAUUAUGUCCUCCUGUGUAUGCUGUUCUUUCAGCUCCAAUGGUACACUCAAGAUAGCUGGGAGGCAUCAAAUAUGUAUGUACCUCCCUCGCCGGUUCCUAGAGAACACAUCGACAAUAUGGCACAGCUAGAGGAUGGAAUAACCUUUGUCACAGCUUAUUUCGAUCUGGGUACAUUUAAAAAAGGAUCAAUUGCAUUCAAGUAUUUUGGAAAACAAAAUUAUAAAAAUUGGAUGACUGCAUUCUCGAAAUUGAACAACUCUGUGAUUCUUUUUACUGAUUCUUUAGAAAUUGAGAUAUUGUUUCGAAAUCUCAGAAAACAGUUUCCUAGUCAUAUGACGCGUAUAAUAAACAUACAACAAGACAGCUUAUGGUCUUUCAAGUUAGCCCCCCAGAUCAAACAGAUAUAUGCACAGCCAGGGUAUCCACACUACCCACCAAACACUGUCAAUGAGAAGUACUCGUGUGCCAUGCAUGUGAAGUAUGAAGCACUGGAAAUGGUGAUCCGUCAAAAACAGUACAAAACCAAACAAUUAGCUUGGAUUGACAUUGGGUAUUUUCGUGAUAAAGAAACAAAGCCAUUUACAUUAGAAAUACCUCCAGAUUUGAAGAAAGAUCAUAUAGCUUUCAUGCAGAUAGAUAAAUUUGAAGAAGGCUUAUUACCUCUGGAUAUAAUAGGAGACAAUAUGGUGUGGAUAGCUGGUGGAAUGUUCCUUGGUCAGCCCGAUUACCUGUUAACCUUCAUAGCCGACUACAGGCGUACAGUGGAGAGCCUGAUAGUAGACAAAAUGAUGAGUACAGACCAACAAGUAUUGUAUAUUAUGUACUCAAAGAACACAAAAGUACGUGCACGUGUACCAAUCCAAGUGUACUACCAUAUAUGUCGAUGUGACUGGUUUUUCUUAGGUAGUAUCUGUCGUUACACCUGGGAGAAGAAGCACUGGCAUCGUCCACCUGUGGGCUACUUUGGGGCACUAGCUCUCUGAUCAUUGUGUCUUCUGUUGAUCCAUCAAUAGCUGAUGAAUAUGUUAUAUAGUUUGGAAUAUUUAUUUAUAGUUUAGCUUAGUGUCUUAUUGGAGAGUUUAAAUAUAUUUAUGUGUUUGUCACAAAAAUACUAGUUACUUGUUUACAUGUACACGGCUCAUUGUUAACUAACCCGACCACUACCCACAGGACAUCGGAUCUCCUUACCUUAUAACUGUGUUGGUUUACCAAUACCUUUAUUUAUUUUUACACAGAGAAAAAUUGUGUAUAUACUUGUCUAGGGCAAUAUGGGGCAAAGAAGUAAUUCCAACAGUGUGGACAAGUUUAGGUUGUCAAAUUUUCGGAGCGAUCCGCUCC